UUUUUCUUUUGUUGAUGUGUCUUUGUGGCGUCUGCUUCGCCGCUUCUGCUGCGACACUUGCCAAGGUUUUGUUUACUUUAGUUCAUGUCUUCAAGCGUAAACAGCGUUCGAAGGAGUUCGAAGCGGCGUUCUUCAAUGGCGUCCUCUCGAUCCCUGUUGAGACCAGCAAGGGGAUUCAACUUGGCGAAAUUGGCAGUAACUUUCAAGCAGGAGUGUUGGUUGAUACCCGGCUUGUCAAUGUGGCUGCUCGCUACUUUUCUCGCUGUCAGCAGUAUCUAUCUGGGCUUGACAUAUGCUACUUUCGAAUAUAUGUUUAAAGCCCAGCCAGGCCCCUAUCUGGACGAAGUGUUUCACAUCCCCCAGGCUCAGCGAUAUUGCAAUGGAAGCUUCUCUGAGUGGGAUCCAAAAAUAACAACUCUCCCUGGCCUGUACUUUUUGUCAGUUGGAAUGUUGAAGCCAGUGUCAUGGUUUCUAUCAAACCCUCAAUUCUGUUCAUCCGUAUAUGCCUUGCGUUGCAUCAAUAUGCUAUUGAGUACAGGAUUGCUCUAUGUAGUGUAUAGUCUUUUACGACAAAUACAUGAUUUUAAAGAUGAGUUGGAGGUUGCACAAGGCAUUUUAACUGCUGUUAAUAUUUGUAUAUUUCCUGUGUUAUAUUUUUUUAACUUCUUAUAUUACACAGACGUCAUGUCAACUUUUCUAGUUUUAUUUGCAUACUUAUUAUGCCUUCAAGAGCGCCAUGUUUUGUCAGCAGUGACUGGUUCCUUAGCCGUUUGUGUACGUCAAACCAAUAUUGUGUGGGUAAUGUUUUUUGGGCUGCUUAGUUUAGCAGAAACUUUAAAACAAAAUGCUUAUAUCAGCAAAAAGAAGUUCACACUUCCUGUUGUAAGAAGUUACAAGUAUCUGGAGCUGCUGUGGUUUAGCAGUUGUCGAGUUGCAUUGGCUAACAGCGCGGCAUGCAAGACUCUUGCUGUUUCGAUGUUACGCAAUUUGACUGGUUACAUAUUUGUUGGUGCAGCAUUUAUUAUAUUUGUUGUGUGGAAUGGUAGUAUAGUUGUAGGUGACAAACAGGCCCAUCAAGCAUCGAUUCACCUGACUCAACUUUUGUACUUUUCUGCCUUUUUUCUCUUUUUUAUGUUUCCUGUAGCAGCGCCUUAUGUUUUCACACUUCAUGUGACACUUCGCCAGCGGGUGGUUCCUGUUCUCAUUGGUAUGGUUAUCAUUUUUACCAUCGUCCAUUUCAACACUGUUGCUCAUCCUUACUUACUUGCUGACAAUCGACAUUACACCUUCUACAUUUGGAGGCGUAUAAUUGACCGUGCUUGGUGGUCUCGUUAUAUGGUCACACCGUUUUACAUGUUAGGGUGUCUUUUAAUUGGAAGUAUUCUGAAGCGCACAGAUUUUGUGUUUCAAAUAGGGUUUAUAUUUUGCCUCAUAGCCAGCAUAGUUCCUCAAUCUUUACUUGAAUUCCGAUACUUUAUUAUUCCGUACGUGUUACUACGACUCUGUGUCACAAAGCUUGAGAUCUGGCAACUUUUUUCAGAGAUGGGCUUGUAUGGACUUGUGAAUGUGUCAACCAUUAUGAUAUACUCUCUCAAAACCAUAAAGUGGCCCAAUAUGGAGGAACCACAACGGUUCCUUUGGUAAAUCCAAUAUUUGAGACUGAUUUUGUUUAUUCUAUAAAGUUAUUAUUUUAGUUAUAGGAAAGCUCAAUGAGAAAACUGUAAGAUGUUUUAAUUUUUUUUUAAUUUUUUUAUUUUAUUGGAGGUACUGUAUGUUUAAAAAUUGUAAUGUAUCCUACACUGGCUAAAAAUCUUACAAAAUAUCACAAAUUUUAUGCCAAUGGCCACAAUACAAAAAGGCAAAGAUAAAA